AUGACCACACAUUACCCUCGGCAGGAGUUCACCUCUAAGGCCAUGAACGGCGGCGGCGGCGACGAGAAGAAGAACCAGCCGACUCGGGUCGACCUCAACCUGCAGGAGUCCAUCGCUCACCUGCACCCGUUCCAGAGGCAGCACGCCAUCGAGCUCCACCGGCAGCAGCAGCAGCAACACUGCACGGUGCCGGCUUCCUGCAGAGCUCGCAGCAGAUUCCUCAACCUGAGAGACAGCGUCAAGAAAAGUCCCACCAAGAGCACGGCCAAGGUGGUGGGAAGCACGGCCAAGGUGGUAGGAAGCACGGCCAAGGUGGUGGGAAGCACGGCCAAGGUGGUAGGAAGCAUGGCCAAGGUGGUAGGAAGCAGCGGAGGAAGCGGCAGCAGCAGCAGCAGCCGGCCGGAGAUCCCAUGGGUGCCCUUCGUCUUCAGUAAGAAACUAACAGGACCGCACUGUGAAAAAGCCCUCACAACAUCACAAUGUUUAAAAAGAGCUGACACACGAGAGGAACAUCACAGCUGUGACCAAUGUGGGAAAGUGUUCACUAGAAAGAGUUAUCUAAAAGUCCAUGAACGUAUUCACACUGGAGAGAAACCGUACAGCUGUGACCAGUGUGGGAAAGCUUUCCGUUUAAAGAGUACUCUAAAACUCCACCAGUAUGUUCAUCUUGAAAAUAAACCGUACAGCUGUGACCAAUGUGGACGGGGUUUCAAUCAGGCCAUAGAAUUAAAAAGACACCAACUUACUCACACCGGAGAGAAGCCGUACAUCUGUGGGCAAUGUGGGAAAACAUUUACUAGAAAGUGUCACCUAACUCGCCACCAACGCAUCCACAGUGGAGAGAAACCGUACCAGUGUGACCAGUGUGGGAAUUCUUUUGCUAGAGACAGUCAUUUAAAACGCCACCAAUACAUUCACACUGGAGAGAAACCGUUCAGCUGUGACCAAUGUGGACUAGCUUGCAUUGAUGAAUUUCUUUUAAAAGUGCAUCAACGCGUUCACACUGGAGAGAAACCACACAAGUGUGACCAGUGUGGGAAGGCUUUUUCCAGAGAUGCUGAUCUAAAAAGCCACCAACGCAUUCACACUGGAGAGAAGCCGUACAGUUGUGCACAAUGUGGGAAAGCUUUCACUACAAAAAGUGCUCUAACGAAUCACCAAGGCACCCACGCAGGAGCGAGGCCGUACAUCUGUGACCUAUGUGGGAAAAAGUUCAGUACCAAUAAUUAUCUACAAGUCCACCGACGCACUCACACUGGAGAGAAGCCGUACAGUUGUGCACAAUGUGGGAAAGCUUUCACUACAAAAAGUAAUCUAACGAAUCACCAACGCACCCACGCAGGAGCGAGGCCGUACAUCUGUGACCUAUGUGGGAAAAAGUUCAGUGCCAAUAAGUCUCUACAAGUCCACCAACGCAUUCACACUGGAGAGAAACCGUUCAGCUGUGACCAAUGUGGACUAGCUUUCAUCGAUGAACGUAAUUUAAAAAUGCAUCAACGCGUCCACACUGGAGAGAAACCACACAAGUGUGACCAGUGUGGGAAGGCUUUUUCCAGAAAUGUUGAUCUAAAAAGCCACCAGCGCAUUCACACUGGAGAGAAACCGUACCAGUGUGACCAGUGUGGGAAUUCUUUUGCUAGAGACAGUGAUUUAAAACGCCACCAACGCAUUCACACUGGAGAGAAACCGUUCAGCUGUGACCAAUGUGGACUAGCUUUCAUCGCUGAACGUAAUUUUAAAAUGCAUCAACGCGUUCACACUGGAGAGAAACCACACAAGUGUGACCAGUGUGGGAAGGCUUUUUCCAGAGAUGCUGAUCUAAAAAGCCACCAGCGCAUUCACACUGGAGAGAAGCCGUACAGUUGUGCACAAUGUGGGAAAGCUUUCACUACAAAAAGUAAUCUAACGAGACACCAUCGCACCCACGCAGGAGCGAGGCCGUACAUGUGUGACCUAUGUGGGAAAAAGCUCAGUACCAAUAAGUCUCUACAACUCCACCGACGCACUCACACUGGAGAGAAGCCUUAUUGGUGUGAGCAGUGUGGGAAAACCUUCAUUACAAGCACUCAUCUACAGAUCCACCGACGCACUGACACACGAGAGGAACAUCACAGCUGUGACCAAUGUGGGAAAGUGUUCACUAGAAAGAGUUCUCUAAAAGUCCAUGAACGCAUUCACACUGGAGAGAAACCGUACAGCUGUGACCAGUGUGGGAAAGCUUUCACUCAAAAUGGCGGCUUAAAAGUCCACUACCGUAUUCACACUGGAGAGAAACCAUACAGCUGUGACCAAUGUGGGAAAGCUUUCACUACAAAUGCUGAAGUAAAAUUGCACCAACACAUUCAUACUGGUGAGAAACCGUACAGCUGUGACCAAUGUGGGAAAGCUUUCAUCACAAAAUGCAGUCUACAAACUCACCAGCAUAGUCAUACAGGUGAGAAACGAUACAUCUGUGGGCAAUGUGGGAAAGCCUUUACUACAGACGGUAAUCUACAAAUCCACCAACGUGUUCAUACAAGUGUGAAACUGUACACCUGUGGGAAAUGUGGGAAAGCUUUUACUACAAAUGAGGACUUAAAAGUCCACUACCAUAUUCACACUGGUGAGAAACCAUAUAGCUGUGACCAAAGACACCUACGUACUCACACUAGAGAGAAGCCACACAGGUGUGAGCAGUGUGGGAAGGAUUUUGCUAGAGGCAGUCAUUUAAAACGCCACCAACGCAUUCACACUGGUGAAAAACUCCAGUGUGUAAUUUAA